AUGUCUUCAAUAGACGAAAAUAAUUGUAAAGCAAUGAAUGGUUGGUUUCAAGUUCUACAAGAGAAAGUAGUUUUUAUUGUUGGCGCUGCCGGUGGGAUUGGCUCGGCUAUUUGUCAAGUAUGUGUGUCACAAGGUGCUCGAGUAGUUAUAGCUGAUGUCGAUAAAGUAGCUGCCGAUCAACUUUUGAUGAAACUUCGAGGUGAUAAUGAGCAAAUCGCUGAUCGAUUGAUCAGUUUACAACUAGAUGUUACUGAUGAGCAAGCUAUUGAAAAAGCAGUACAAGCUGUUGUAGACAAAUGGAAUACCAUUAGUGUUCUGAUUAAUUUAGCUGCUGUCUUUGUUUUUGGUGAGGUUGAAAACAUUUCCGCUGCUGAUUGGUCACGAAAUUUCGAUGUUAAUGUUCGUGGCUAUGCUCUCUUGGUUAAAUACAUUGCUCCUAUCAUGAAAAAACAAAGAUCAGGUUCGAUUAUUCAGUUUGGUAGUAUUAGUGGCGUAGUCGCUCAAAUUCCUUUUCUUCCCUAUGGUGCUGACAAAGCCGCUGUUAUACAAAUGACUAAAAAUCUAGCAGCAGAUCUCGGUGCAUUCAAUAUUCGAUGUAACUCAAUAUCUCCCGGUUUAGUUGGUAAGUCAUCCGAAACGUCGUCUUCAUCAGACAACCUUAUUCGUGUUUUAGUUACACCACCAGUAGUUACUUUAGCAACGGCAAAUGGACUUUCUAUCGAGAAUUUUACUCACAAUAUCGUCAAAGAUCAAUGUCUAAAACGAGCAGCUUUGCCAGAAGAGAUAGCUAAUUUAGUUGUCUUUCUUGCCUCAGAUCUGUGUCCGUUUAUCACCGGUGCGAAUAUCGUUGCAGACGGAGGCUACACAAUCGUAUAG